GAGCAGCAGCGGCGUGUCCAGGCGAAGGUGCACACACACAUAAACACACACAUAGAGGAGCUCAGAGUGCGGGCUGUUCCUCUACGGUAACACUAGUUUUACUGGAGAGAAUUAGCGUUAAUAUGGACGAGCGGCAGGCUGUGUAAUUCCCUCAGGAGCUGAAGAGGAUGGGAGCAGGACCCUGGAGCUGGAGAUGUCAUUUGGUCGACUCCUGCGACGCGCUUCCUCCAAAGCCUCUGACCUCCUGACUUUUAAUGCGGGAUCGCGGCCCGUGCUGGACGGAGAGAUCAUCUUCUCCAAGAACAAUGUGUGCGUGCACCCGGCCGAGCCCCUGCCUGGCCUUCCGGAACACCAUCCAGGUUACCUGUGUGUGCACCUGGAGAAGGACGAGACCCUGGGCUCCACCCUCAUCCUCACCUGGGUGCCCAACUCUCGCAUCCAGCGGCAGGACGAGGAGGCUCUGCGCUACAUCACCCCCGAGAGCUCUCCGGUACGCCGUAACCCUCGCCGCCGCACCCACCCACCACAGCCCCGCCCACCACCUGCCCCGGAGGAAGAGGAUGACGAGGAGGCGGGAGGGGAGCCCAACCUGGGGCAGCUGCAGCUGGAGGACGGGGACGAGGGCUCGUGCGAGCUCUCUGCGGACGAGGUGAGCCGGGACAGCACGCUGGGGUCCGACUCGGACACGUUCUCCUCGCCCUUCUGCCUGUCCCCCGUCAGCGAGGCGCUCGGAGAGAGCACCAGCUCCGUCUUCCUCGACAACGAGAGCAGGGAGAUGUGUGAUGAGUCCAUGACUCACUCUGCAAGCUCCGCCUCCAGCUUGGACAGCCACGCCCCCUCGGAGAGCAGCCAAUCGCAGGGCGUCCGGUGGGAGGAGCAGCAGAAGGUCCUGGCCCUAGAGCAGCUGUGCGGUGUGUUCAGAGUGGACCUCGGCCACAUGAGGUCACUACGACUCUUCUUCAGUGAUGAGGCGUGUACCUGUGGUCAGCUGGUCAUCGCCAGCAGAGAGAGUCAGUAUAAGAUCCUGCACUUCCACCACGCCGGCCUGGACAAGCUGGCUGAAGUCUUCCAGCAGUGGAAAUGCUGCAGAGAGACGCAGCUCAAAGACCAGGUGGCGGAUGAGAAGUCCUGCAUGCAGUUCUCUAUACGCAGACCCACCCUGCCCUCGACCGAGACCCACCCGGAGGAGCGGCUGUACCGCAGGCUGGACGUCAGCUCCUGGCUCCGGCACCUCAACCACAGCGGCCAGGUGGAGGAGGAGUACAAGCUCAGGAAGGCGAUCUUUUUCGGAGGAAUUGACCCGUCCAUCCGGGGGGAGGUGUGGCCCUUCCUGCUGCACUACUACAGCUACGACUCCACCUCCGAGGAGCGCGAGGCCUGGAGGCUGCAGAAACGCAGCGAGUACCAGGAGAUCCAGCAGAGGAGGUUGUCGAUGAGUCCUGAGGAGCACAGUGAGUUCUGGAGGAAGGUGCAGUUUACAGUAGAUAAGGACGUGGUGAGGACUGAUAGGAGCAACAUGUUCUUCAGAGGAGAGAACAACCCUAACGUGGAGAUCAUGAGGCGUAUCUUGUUGAACUAUGCAGUGUUUAAUCCGGAGAUGGGCUACUGUCAGGGCAUGUCCGACCUGGUGGCUCCUCUGCUGACUGAGAUCCAGGAUGAGAGUGAUACGUUCUGGUGCUUCGUGGGCUUGAUGGAGAACACCAUCUUCAUCAGCUCCCCGAGGGACGAGGACAUGGAGAGACAACUGAUGUAUCUGAGGGAGCUCCUGAGGCUCAUGCUCCCUCGAUUCCACCAGCACCUGAUGCGUUUGGGAGAGGACGGGCUGCAGCUGCUGUUCUGCCACCGCUGGGUUCUGCUCUGUUUCAAGCGCGAGUUCCCCGACAUGGAGGCCCUGCGAAUGUGGGAAGCCUGCUGGGCUCAUUACCAGACGGACUACUUCCACCUCUUCCUGUGUGUGGCCAUCAUUAUGCUGUACGGUGAUGAUGUCACAGAGCAACAGCUAGCAACCGAUCAGAUGCUGCUGCAUUUUAGCAAUCUCUCAAUGCACAUGAACGGAGAACUGGUGCUGAGGAAGGCCCGGAGUCUCCUCUAUCAGUUCCGACUGCUUCCCAGAAUCCCCUGCAGUCUGCAUGACCUGUGUAAGCUGUGUGGGCCGGGCAUGUGGGACAGCCGCUACAUCCCCGCAGUCGAAUGUUCAGGAGAGCACCCGGACUCUCAGAGCUGCCCCUAUGGAGGCACAGCCACCCCCCAGCCGCCCCCGUCCCCCAGCCAGCCCGUCGAGAGCAAGCGCGGCUCCAAGACCCGGGACAUCUUCAACUUCCGCAAGCAGUCCUGACUGCGGGACUGCAGCCGGGCUUCAGGACUACACUACCCACAAGGCCUAGCCCCAAGGGGAACCAUUCGCCAGGUACACACAGGUGAAUGCUGGGAGACUCCGGGAGACCUCAGCGUGGUUAUUGAUUACUGAUUAGGAGAUUACUGAUUUGCAGUCGAGUAAGAUAUGGAACACUGCCUAAUAAUAAAAUAAUAAUAAAAAAAAAACAAAUACACCACAUUUCAGUUUAAAAUGACACUUUAAACUGACAUAUCAGUGUUUGAACGGAAGGAAAACUUUCUCUUUCUUUAUCGAAUGAAGGGAAUGGGAUGAGCAUUGGUGCUCAAAUUCCCGUCAAACAUAAUAGAAGGAUUCUUACGGAAUGGGAUCCCAUCCCAUAUGGAGGCACAGAAGGAUUGGAUUACAGAAUGUCAUCAAUAAUACACGAGCAGUAUCCUCGCAUACAAACAACAAAGGAUUACAAUCUCCUCCUUCUUUAUUUUUAACAAAUCCAAUAUAUUGAUACUCUUUAAUACUAUUUUUCUCCUUUUGUUUUGUAUCCAAGACAGUACGCAUGUGUGUAAGCGUGUAUACGUGUCCUGAGUACAUGAGUGCGAGUUAUGCUUGAGUUAAACUGCUGCAUAUGAAGAAAUCUGCCUUCAGUAAUGGGCUGAAACGUUAGGCUAUCUCAGUUAUGAAGCUUCUUCGUGAGGAAGCUCUUAUUGCACUGUAGUUUAUAGGCUGCGAUCAUUUCCACAGCAGGUAAAAAUGGCCCAAAUCCGUUAGAUUUUGACACAGAUGUGGCAAAAAAUACAAUACAUAUCUGAUGAACUAGAUCAUGUCGAGGUGAAGUAAAAAAAAAAAAAAAAAACUACAGGGGUUGGACAAUGAAACUGAAACACCUGGUUUUAGACCACAAUAAUUUAUUGUGGUGACGGACAGUUCUGGUGGAAACAGGAGAGUUGAGGUGCACAUUGAAUUCUGCCGUGGUUUAAUUUUUUUUGGAUACAAUCCGGGUUAGCACCCGAACAUCCCUUUCAGACAGCUUCCUCUUGCAUCCACAGUUAAUCCUGUUGGAUGUGGUUGGUCACAAAGACUUGCUGUCUUGGUCACAGAUGCAUCAGCAAGACGUGCACCAACAAUUUGUCCUCUUUUGAACUCUGGUAUGUCACCCAUAAUGUUGUGUGCAUUGCAAUAUUUUGAGCAGAACUGUGCUCUUACCCUGCUAAUUGAACUUUCGCACUCUGCUCUUACUGGUGCAAUGUGCAAUUAAUGAAGAUUAACCACCAGGCUGCUCCAAUUUAGCCAUGAAACCUCCCACACUAAAAUGACAGGUGUUUCAGUUUCAUUGUCCAACCACUGUAUGAGUAUAAAGGCAAAAUGUGUGACAGCAUUGCGUAAGAGGUUCAGUGGUGGGAAAACAACUUCAUCUACUAAACAGAU